UGACCUGACUGGGAAGUCUCUUGCUGACAUGUCGCCGAAACUUCACGAGUGGGCUGUUUGCUUUUGGGUGUUGAAGAAUACACGUGGGAGAGACAUUAGUGUAUAUAUAGAGAGGAGCUGAAAGGCAUGUAGCAGCGUUUCUUAAACCAGCAGUUAUGGAGCUCGGAAAAGAAGACAUAGACAUAUUAAUGGAGCCUUACUCUGUCAACAGCUUAAAGAUGAAGUACCGCUCUUUACGACGACAGAUGUGCUUCAUUCAGUUCAUAACUGUUUUAUUCUGCCUCACCUGCUGUCUGUUCACGCUCGCGUAUCAGCAAUUCGCGUCAAGCUGCAAGGAAAAUGAAAUCAAGAAGGCACCUGAAAUUGGGAUGCAGAGACAAACUACUGAAUUCCACAGCAGAGAAAACAUUACCCUGAGUCAAAGACCUACACCUUUUACUCGCCUGACAAUAAAAACAAAAAAAGUUGUUUUCUCUGGUCCUGGUAAUGUGAAAUGGAUGCAGAUAAAUCUGGAACCAGACCAUACUGAAUACUUCGACUUGAGUGAUGACGGUGAAUCUCUGAUAGUGCGUCGUGAUGGGACUUACAAAGUUUCUCUGCAGAUAAUGUACAAGGGAACUGAUUGUGAUGAUGAAACAAUUCUGCAGCAUGAAAUUCGCCAUUACACUGAAAGCUAUCCUGAAUACCUGCUCCUGCUCACCUACAUGGAAACACUCUACUUUAAACAUCAAUACUGGAGGAAAACUCUGUUCUCAGAAGGUAUCUUUUCUCUCAACUCUGGGGAUAGACUGAAGGUCUGGUCCAAAGAUCUCUCCUUAAUUGACGCUGGAGGAAACCUGGAACAAAAAACUGUCUUUGUGGCUUAUCCUCACUUUUCUAUUUAAAUGAAGUAGCUUUGCUUAAAUGUGAAAGGGUUGCUAUGAUGUGUAUCAUAUUAGAGCUAUAAACUAAAUCUUUACAGGGCACAAAGUAUUAAGAUGCUCCACUUUCACAAUUCAGAGAAUUUGAAAGGUACAAUUAUGAAGUAAUUCCUCAAAUACUCAAUAUCUUUAGAGUACAACAAUUUCCACCUACUUUUUCAGCCACUUUGGUCUCCGAAAGUGUUUAUCCCAUUAAUUUUUUCUAUAGGAAUUUCAUAAAAUCCUGCAUUAAAAGAGGUAUAAGCCAAUACAACCAGCUCCAAGGUGCUUCACAACAUUAAAAAACUUUGAUUUGAAGCAAAAAAGUAUUUCAAAAACAAACAAAAAGAAAAAGGUACAAGACAGUAUACUUAAAGUCUUUCGUGGUUCAACAAACUUCAAUACCACAAAGCAUUGCAAAUUAAAAAUGGUAGAAAAAUAUAAACCUGUUCAUUUAAAGUUGUUGAAUAUAAGAAUAGAAAAAAUACAUUUUAACUUAAUAUUUAUAUUUAAAAGUAGUUUGAAAGUGUAGGGAGACUACUCUGAUUGAUGGAUCUCUUUAAAUAAUGUGGAAUUAUGGCUUCAACAGAAGCAUAUACCAUCGAUUAACAUCCUCCAAGCUCACGGUAGGUCUGUCUUUAAAGGUUAAGUUAGCAUUAAAAAUAAAUUUGUUUAUGGAGAAAAUGUAUGAGAUUUUUACAUCAGAAACCAGAAUGCUGUAAUACAACUGAUUUGUUGUAAUAUAAUACUUACUAAUUUAUGUUCUGGUGUUGUAAAAGUGAUAUUUGUUUUGUUUGUUUUUGUUUACAUUUGGUAAAAUAUAAACAGUGAGGCUCAUCCCAGUCAUGUCAAAGAACACUGAACAUGAAAAUAUUGUAUGGUACAAUAUCAUUAGUGCUGUCAUUGUAAUUACUAUAGUGCACUACUCUGGAUUAAAUGGGUUAAUUAAAUUAAAUUAACUAUUAAUUUCAUAAUACAUUUGAAUGAAAUACCUUUUUAUAUACUUGAAAAUGUUUUUUUAAUUAUAUUUUCAUGAUAGUUAUC